AUGGCUUUACUCGAUUCUAACACGUCGUACGUGGCGCUAGGUCUGCUGGUCUUCGCGGCCGCGGGAUAUGUUGUGUAUCAAACCGCGUUCUCGCCGCUCGCACGUGUACCCGGCCCAUUUUUGGCAAAAUUUAGUCAGAUGUACCUCGUGUAUUUCCAUCUUUCGGGACAGUCUCACCGUAUUUUGAUGGAGCUGCACAAAAAACACGGCAAUGUUGUGCGUACUGGACCGAGCACGUUGAGUAUUGCCGACCCAACCGCGUUUUACGAGAUGUACCGCGCGGGUAAUAAGUUUGUCAAAACGGAUGCUAGGGGCAGCACGCGCGAUGAAGGGGUUACGUGGGAUAUGGUUAACGAAACAGAUGAGAGAAUUCAUGGAGAAAAUAGACGUCUUGUUGCGCGCGCAUACGCCAUGGACUCAAUGGUCAAUCUUGAACCCAUGAUAGAUGAAUUGAUUGCCGACCUUCUUCGCAAGUUACGCGAGUUACAAGGCCAACGAAUCGAUCUAGGCCAUUGGGUACAGCUAUAUGCUUUCGAUAUCGUAGGCUCUAUAACAUUCUCACGCCCGUUCGGAUUCGUCGAGGAGGGCGAUGAUAACGGUUUAUUCGAGCGCUUGCAACGGAUCUUCCAUUCCAUAGUGUGGGUGGCCUACGCCCCAUGGGUCUAUCACAUCAAUCGCCUAAUCCUAAUGCCUCUGAUCGGCUCUUGCUUGGCACUUACGGAUCAGGAUUUUUACUUUAUCGACGUAGCCUCGAAGCGGAUCCGCGAGCGCGAGGCGCAGGGCGGUAAUCCGAAGGACUUGCUCGGGCAGAUGCUAGCGACGCAGCAAGUCAAGCCACAGUUUCUCGACUCCCAUAUCCUCCAUAUGAUCUCUACCAACGUACUCGCAGGAAGCGACACAACUAGCACCGCUUUGCGGGCCACCCUUUGGCUUCUCUGUACCCAUCCUGAGGUUCUUGAGCGCCUCCGCGCUGAGCUGACCGAGAAGAUGACGCAAGACGGCGACAUGAAUCGGACGGGGGUGUGGAAAUUUGCCAAGUCGGAACAGUGCCCUUAUCUGCAAGCUGUGCUCUACGAAAGUCUCCGACUAUUCCCUCCUGCAGCUGUUACGCUCGACAGGGUGGUUCCUGAAGGCGGACUCAAGGCUGGACCACACCAUGUGCCGGCUGGGACCGUGGUCGGCACAAGUCCUUGGGUCAUUCAAAGGAUGCCCGAACUCUGGGGUUCCGAUGCCGAUGAGUUCCGGCCAGAACGCUGGUUAGAUAAAGAGACAGAGUCACAGCGCCAGCGCUACUUUUUCGCAUUUGGCCGCGGGUCACGGUUCUGUCUUGGACGCAAUGUCAGCUGGAUUGAGAUGGAAAAGCUUAUUCCUACUCUAAUCAUGAACUUUGACGUCAAAAUUGAGAUGGAUGGAGAUAUAGUCGAGAAUAACGCGGGACUCCUCUACCUCGACGGGCCAUUUGCUCGACUUUCCGCGCGCGAAAGCGUGUAGAGCGUGCAGACAAGUUUUAAGGUUAUGGAGAGCAGGAUGGGCAUCUUUUUAAGUCUGUGGCUAGAAACACAUUGCAAAGGAUGUUCUCACGUGACCUUCGUACGAGGACAAUCGGAAUAGAUAGAUUAUUGAAUUUCAUCGCUCAUACAGAAGGUUAUCGCGUGCCUAAUGAUCCGACAAAAAAUACCUAGUGUGGAUAGAAUGAAAAAAUGGGAGGGAAAAAAUUGGUAGUUAGUGGCAACUGCUGGAAUCGAACCAACUCUUCUUGGCUUCUCGGAUGGCGGCCAAUACUACCAAGCGUGCGCCAUUACACCACGCUGUCUGUGUUUCACUACCAAGCAUGCACCAGUACACCAUGCUGCCUAUAGUUUUAUUUAACAUCCUCUGCCCUUUAAUAGUAUUCAAGUGUUGUUGAAAGCGUUCUACAUGUACGUAGUACUAUGUAUGCAAAAGAAAGAAGAGAUGGGUGGUGGGUGUGGGAAAUUUCUUUACUCAAGUAGGGCGCCACCCGGGUAAUCUCCGGAUCAUACAUCUACCUGCCUAAGGUUAGGUACUUAAGUACCUAGGUACCUAGGUAGGCUGCGGGAUCACUCUUGGUACAACCCACGAUACCUUCACUAGUGGUAGUGGCGGGUGGAUUGAAAGGGCUGUAUUGGAUUGGAUUGGAUUAAUCCUUAAAUGGUGCCAUAGUGUGUGUG